UUUUCAUCACGAUGUUAAAGUUGUUAACACUUUGGGUUUUCCUAAACCCAAUAAACGCCCAAUUCGUCCCCGAUUUUGACUUUUUCUCCACAUUUGACCCUCAAAAUUUCUUCGAAUUCUUGUCAAAUUUCGACAACAAUGAAUGCAAUUCACAACUUUUGCGCCUUUUUUCAGGCMUUCGGAACGAAACUUGGGCCCAAAAAAUGUUGGACGCGAGCGCAAAGCCCCAAACCGGAAUUUUAACCGGAAACAUCAUGCAUGUGGGAAACUACGACGAAUGCCUGAAAAUMCACGAAGUGAAGGGAAAAUAUUGCACGACUUUGUUUCAGCCCCACGAGGAAUUCGCGUCGCAACAACUGAAGGAUUUUUUUUCACAAUUUCUGGCUGAAACCGCGCGGGAGGACCAGGAGGCCGAAUUGUACAUUCAGGGGCGGUUUUCAGUCGGUUUGUGUGUCCCUGAAGCUUGCAGUGUGAAAAAUCUACAAAAUGUGAGCAACGUUCUUGAAAAUCAGCUGAAAUCGCCCUUGCAUUUCAUUUUCGUGGGGGAUUUUUGCGAUGAUGGGGAGGGAAAACCACUCACGGGGGCGGCAAUUGUGGCAAUUGUGAUUUUUUCGUUUUUUGCAAUUAUUGUUGUUAUCAGCACUUUGUACGAUUUCUUCGUUUAUCAGUAYGUCGAAAAUAAGGAACCCAACRUUCACAUUGCGUUUUCAGUGCUGACAAAUGGGAAAAAAUUAUUUUCAGCGAAAACUUCUGAAGGAAAUUUGGACUGUUUGAAUGGUUUACGAGUCGUUAGUUUGAUGUGGAUUGUGCUUGGACACAGUUUUCAGUACGCGUUUUACGUCCCGGUGAUUAACUCCCUAGAGAUGGAAGAGUGGAAAAAUUUCAAAGCCAAUGCUUUAUUGGUCUCAUGUUCGGUGGCAGUGGACACAUUUUUUCUUAUUAGUGGCCUUUUACUUGUCUAUCUUUUCAUGAAAAGUGACGCUAAAGGGGUGAAAUUUUCAGUACCGAUGUUCUACUUGCACCGGAUUUUGCGAUUAACACCGUCUYUGGCCAUGAUUGUGCUGUUUACAGCGACUUUGAUCACGUAUGUGGGGAAAGGGCCCUUUUGGCCCAUCGUUUCAGAAAUGUUUCAGCAGGAUUGCCAAAAUUACUGGUGGGCGACUCUGCUCUACAUCCAGAAUUACGCCUUCCCCCACAAUCAGUGUGUUGGACAGUCUUGGUACCUAGCUGUGGACACCCAAAUGUACUUUCUUUCCCCUCUAAUUUUAAUCCCUUUAGUUCGAUGGCCCAAAAAAACCCUAACAGCAAUUGCUGUUUUCGUGGUACUAAACUGCAGUUACGUUUUUGAAAUCACAUGGAAAAACCAUCUCGGAACAACACUAUUCGAUCAAGAAGAUCAACACUAUGAGAUGCUUUACAGCCCGACACACGUGCGAGGAGUCCCUUAUCUAAUCGGUAUGGCGUGCGGAUAUUUCGUCUUCAAAAUCAAGACCAAGAGUUUAAAAUUAUCAAAAACUAAAAUUGUGAUUUCGUGGAUUUUGACAUUAGGCACACUUGUGGGAAUUGUCAUCGUUCAUUAUCCAAUGACUCAAACUGAUAAACACACCGAUCUUUUCGAAACUUCUUUUUUCAAUUCUUUACACCGAGUUAUUUGGUCAAUUGCAUUGUGUGUUUUAAUCAUACUUUGUAUCAACGGUUACGGAGGCUUAAUUAACUCCUUUCUCUCGAAUAAAAUCUUCACGGUUUUGAUUCGACUAAAUUACAACAUUUACCUCCUUCAUAUGGCGCUGCUAACCAUUAUGACAGCCCAAAAACGGACUCCGGGCUUUUUUUCAGACUUAUUUUGCUUUCACGAAUUUUGGGGGACUUACAUGUUUAGUGUAGCGGCCGCCAUUUUGUGGACUCUUGCCUUCGAAUCGCCCAUUUUGAUCAUUGAAAAACUCAUUUUUGCACCAAAAAAAAACGCACCUUGUGCCCCGCCAGUUAAGCAACAAGUGGUAGACAUCGAAAAUGAAGCACAAAAAUUGUAAUUCAUUGAGUUAUUUACCCCUCAAGUUAUGCGACUAACAAUACAGCGUAGUUUAAUGUGUUGCAUGUUUUAGCCAUUUUUGAGUAUUUUUUAGCUGAAAAUGGAAUUAUUUUACAACUCUUUUAUUGUUUUGGUGACGUAAAUGUUGUGUUUAAUCGUGUAUGAAACAAAUAAAUAAAACGGCUAAUUUUUUUA